AUACAACAGAGAUAAACAGAGGAAAACAAAAAAAUGAAGAAUCAAGUUUGCUCCAGCAUCCUUCUCCUUAGUCUUCUCUUUCUUGUCAUAAGCAGUGCAGAAUCUCAGACAUGCAAGCCCAGCGGCAAGAUAAGAGGUAGAAAGCCUCCCCCAGGACAAUGCAACCAAGAAAACGACUCAGAUUGCUGCGCAGAUGGCAAGCUUUACACUACUUACAAAUGUUCACCACCAGUGAGCAGCCACACAAAAGCAAAGCUAACAGUGAACAGUUUUGAAGCUGGUGGUGAUGGGGGUGCACCAUCUGAAUGUGAUAAUAAAUUCCAUUCAGAUAAAGAGCUGGUGGUAGCACUUUCCACAGGAUGGUUUGACAACAAGAGUAGGUGCUUGAACUAUAUUACUAUCCAUGGAAAUGGAAAAAGCGUCAAGGCCAAAGUAGUUGAUGAGUGUGACUCUACCAUGGGAUGUGAUUCUGAUCACGAUUAUCAACCUCCUUGCCGAAACAAUAUUGUGGACGCCUCCAAAGCGGUCUGGAAUGCCUUGGGAGUGUCUGACCCUGAAGAUGUGGGAGAAAUGGACAUAUACUGGACCGAUGCUUGAGCAAUUGAGCUUGAGCGAUCCCUAUAUAAUACUCU